UUGUAAACAACGUAUUUCGGAAGUAAAAUGCUGCUGACAGAGGGAUGAUAUUUAGUUCAUGAACUGAAGGAAUGAAACUAAAAGGCAUUUCGAUCAUGAUCGUCAUGGCAACGUUGGCGGCCAUGACACCUGUCAGUGGAGAAAUCAUCACAACAGCUUGUCCAACCUCGUCCACAUGUCGCAGCGGAAACUGCGCGGCCGACACGAAAACUGGAACUGAGUCGUGUGUCUGUGGUCCUUACUUCUCUGGUGCAUCUUGCGAGACUGUUCGUCUCGACGUCCCUGAUUGGACAAUCACAUCCACCACUGUCAGUUUCAAGUGGCCCAGAAAUAUUACCAUAAAGGAAUACGAAUUUGUUUGCUAUGAAAAAUAUACAUUGAACCCUUCUAUUAUUUUGACAAGGAAUCUGACACAAAAUACAUUCGACACUUUGACGUUCACCGGGUUACAAGCUGGCGCGAUCACCUACGUCAUCUGCCUUGUGGACUCCAUGGUCUUCAAUGUGUCGGACCCGAAUAUAUUCUCCACGGCCCUGAACAAGAAUAAUGAGAAUUGCUUCAGUUUCUCGACGAUGUAUGACGGGAGAGACCCGGCCACUUUGGUCGCGUACGGCAUUGCCAUCAUGAUUGGAUCAAUCUUCUUGCUCAGCCUAGUUGUAAAGUUCUUCUUCGACGUCCGUCAAAACAAAGUACGCCUCCGAGAAAAAGAGUUAAAAAGUCUCACAAGGAUUUUGAAUCCCAAACUGUGGAUGGGCGGGCGAAACUCCCCGGAACCAACCAACAGCAGACGAAAUGGCGAGACCGGAAAGCCGUCACUCGGUUAUGUGGACCGAAUUUUAACAGCCUCGUCUUCAAGUCCGAAUCUAUUAGCCAGUGACGGGACUCAUGGCCGUUCAGCAAGUUCGGCUGACAUCCGGGCAUCUGGGAAGAAAGCCAAGUACAUCCCAGCGGACAAACGAUCCAUUGGUUCACAUGGAUCCAGGGGAUCUGUCCCCAGGAAAUCAAACUCGAAUCUGGCGGUUUUGGUGAACAUGAAAGAUAGUCUGGGAGAGGGACGCUCGGGGAGCCGCACGUCCAUCCUUGACAUGACCUUUGAUGGCCAAGGUCAAGGUCAACCAAAUCGGAGUCAGUCGGUCCCGGGGAUAGACAUGAUGUGAUAGGCCUACCGGGAUUGGUCGUCUCGGCACAUAUUCUUUUAAUUUUGUAAUUUGGUCCCCAAUCAUCGCGAGAGGACAGCGGCUUCCGGAAGAGACCAAAUGUACGCUAGCUUCAUGGUAACAUUUAGUAACCGCUACUAAUGGCGGGGCUAGGAGAUUGCAUCGCAACUUGGAAAAGGUUGCGGUGUUUGUUGACCAUUAAAAGCCAGGCAAACAAAUUUAAACCAACUAACACCAACUCCCUGCUAACGCCUAUUUGGGCAUAGGGAGUGAGCACAUGUCGGGAGUGACAAAGUUCUGUUACAAUAAUGAUGGAACCAUUUUCGGCUUUUAAAAAAUCAAAAGCAUCAUUAAGGUCGUCUUAUAUUACUCUAGCAUGAGUGGAUCAGAGUUAGAAUUUGACCGUAUCCAGGGUUGGAAAAAUCUUGCGAUUCCAUUUAAUACUAGGG